AGCCCGCCGUGACCGUGUGUCUGUAGUGAUAAGUGCUAAUGAUACGGACGUGUUUAGUGCUGUGUUUUAUAAUACGAUAAUUUCCAUUAGUUCAUAAUAAUAUGCAAACUCAGUGUAAAUAAAUAUGGUUAGCGUGAUGACUUUUCGGCAUAAACGUGCGUCCGCUGCGGCGGUCAGUGCAGUACUGACGAUGUUAGUGUGUGCGACCUUCGAAGUAAGUUCGGUGGAGGGGAGGGAGGAGCCGCAUAAGUUCACGAUAGAAGAAUUACUGUCAACAAAUUAUGAACACAAAGACUCUGGAGACCUUGGGAUGGAUCCUUGUAAAGCUGAUAACUUCCAAGGUGACAUCGCGAUACCCAGUGUGGACUACUUCAAGCCACCAACGAGCGCGCCAGUCAACAAAAUCAACAAAUCCCUUCAAGAAGAAGUAGAAAGGCUGAAGAAAGAGGUGCUAUUAGAAGGACUGCAAGUAGAAGAGGAGGGCCUGCCAGAUAUACUGAGGAAGAGGACGAAGCAACCACUGCCAUUGUCACAGGAGAAGCCUAAGAAAUACAAUGACGCUGUACUUAUGUCAAAGGUACUUCCUUCGGGUUUAGACAAAUCGCUACUAUUAAAAAACGGCAAAUUACCUCCAGAAGAAAUGUUAGACAAUUACACUAUUGCGUUCAAUCAAAGUAAAUCGGACCACUUAAACCAAACAACGGUACAGGAUAACCUGACCGAAUCAGAGAGCUUAGAACAAGACGGAGUUCUAGUAGUCAACGUUUCAACUAACCACAUACUUAAUUUAGAAGAGUUCUAUCCUAAUAUACAAAUCACUAAUGCAUCUAAUAAAAUGGAUGAGAUCACUAACAAGAUUCAGAGUAAUAGCAGAGAGAUUACUGGGGACUCUAAGAAUAACUUGAAAUUUAAGGGUAUUCCUGAGAAUAUAACUGUAGCACCUGCUCCCACUAACGGAGUUUUAUCAAAUGAGCAAGAAGAAGAUAAAGUGAUAAAUAAAACUGAUUUGGAUGUGGAGGGGAAGUUGGAACCUAACUUACUGAGGCCUACAGAGAGUCUGCAGAACCUGAUGGAUGAGAAUGGCGGCCGAAGGAACAGGAGACGGAGACGGAGACACGGUAAUGGAAGACGGCUAAGAAACAUCCACUCAAACGAGAGAAUUGGCCAAAACACCCUAAGUUCAUCAGAAAACAAAACAGUUUCCCAAUUUGUCAGAAAAAAGUUUUUUCGUCACCACAAAAAGCAUAACAGUGGAGAACAGAGAACGGAGAAGAAGUUCGAAAUACCUGAACAUGAGUUCGAAGAGAGAUUUGAAGUGAAACCACCGCCUAAGAAAAUUUUGAACGCGACUGAGGGUCAAAAUUUUGACAACUGGUUUUUUCGUGACGACAUGGAAGAUUUAGAAGCUGCUGAAACUAAUGCUCAUAAUAAUACAGAGGUCAGAAGCCGUCAUCGCACUAUUCGGGCUGCAACAAACAGGAAAGAAAGAAUAUGGGAGAACGGUGUCAUUCCCUAUGAAAUCGACGGUAACUUCAGCGGGGCACACAAGUCUUUGUUCAAGCAAGCCAUGAGACAUUGGGAGAAUUUCACCUGUGUGAAAUUUGUAGAGAGAGAUGGUGAUUUGCAUAAGGACUAUAUUGUCUUCACGGAACGCCCUUGUGGAUGCUGCUCAUUCGUCGGCAAGCGUGGCAGUGGUGCUCAAGCGAUCUCCAUCGGCAAGAAUUGUGAUAAAUUCGGCAUAGUGGUGCACGAGUUAGGCCACGUGGUCGGCUUCUGGCACGAGCAUACAAGACCCGAUCGUGAUAGACACGUGCAGAUCAUCAGGGAUAAUAUUAUGCUUGGCCAAGAAUACAAUUUCAACAAGUUAACCGAAGAAGAAGUGAACUCCUUAGGGCAAACAUACGACUAUGACUCAAUCAUGCACUACGCUAGAAACACCUUCAGUAAAGGGACGUAUCUGGACACCAUACUCCCUCUAGAAGUCCACGGGAAGAAACGGCCGGAGAUCGGACAGAGAGUGAGAUUGAGCGCCAGUGAUAUCGCCCAGACUAACUUGCUGUAUAAGUGUGCCAAAUGCGGAAGGACUUUGUUGGGCAAUUCGGGGUGGUUCAACUCCCCCGGAUGGGGUAGUGAGACUCCCCCGACUACUCCUGAACGCUGCGAGUGGAGGAUCGUGGCUACGCAUGGAGAAAGAGUAGUCCUCAACAUCACUGAAAUCGACAUUCACAAAUCGGAAGACUGCCGUUCCGAAUGGGUGGAAGUGAGAGACGGCUACAUGCCAGACGCUCCAGUCCUCAGUAGGAUCUGCGGCUCCGGGAAAGGUCCCAUGAUGAGGUCUACUGGAUCCAGACUUACUGUUGUGUACCAGCCGGGACCGAGACCAAAACCUCAUAGAGGAUUCAGGGCGUUUUAUGAAGCUGUUUGUGGCGGAGAUAUAGAAGUUGACAGCACAGGACAUCUUGAAUCACCCAACUAUCCUGAUGAUUAUCAACCCAAUAAGCUUUGUGUUUGGAGACUUUCAGUACCACAGGAUUAUCAAGUAGCCCUUCGAUUCCACUCGUUCGAGGUGGAGAAUCAUGACACAUGUUCAUAUGAUAAAGUGAAAGUUCGAGACGGUGACUCUAUGGACAGCCCUCUCAUUGGCAUGUUCUGUGGACACAAAAUACCUCCUGAUAUCAGGUCAACCUCCAACAAAUUGCUAGUAAUCUUCGAAUCAGACAGCACAGUGCAGAAGGCAGGCUUCUCAGCUACCUUCAUGAAGGAGUUCGACGAGUGCGCGUCAAUAGAGCACGGCUGCAGUCACUCGUGCGUCAACACUCUCGGCGGGUAUGAGUGUGCUUGUGACAUCGGAUACGAACUGCAUUCUGAUGGGAAGAAGUGUGAGAAUGCCUGCGGUGGUUCUUUAUACGCCCCCAACGGUACAAUAACAUCGCCAUCAUUCCCCGACCUGUAUCCUCCAUCCAAGAACUGCCUCUGGGAGAUAGUCGCCCCCCCUCAACACAGGAUCACGCUCAACUUCACCCACUUCGAUCUCGAAGGCAACAAUAUGUAUCAACAGGAAUGUGAGUACGAUAGUGUGACGGUACACUCGAAGUUGGGAGCUGAUGUGUUGAGAAGACAUGGAGUGUUCUGCGGCCCAGCUCUACCGCCGCCGGUCACGUCUGAUGGAUCAGUACUGAGGGUUCAAUUCACAUCAGACGGCUCGGUCCACCGCUCGGGCUUCGCGGCCGCCUACUACAUCGACGUCGACGAAUGCGCCGACAACAACGGCGGCUGCCAGCACGAGUGCCGCAACACACUCGGCGGAUACGACUGCGCCUGCUACAGUGGCUUUACCUUACAUCCUAACCUGCAUGACUGCAAGGAGGGCGGGUGUAAGCAUGACGUCACUCAACCACAUGGCACCAUCUUCAGCCCGAACUACCCUUCAAUGUACCCACCACGAAAAGACUGUGUUUGGCAGUUUUCCACCACACCCGGACACCGAAUCAAGCUGAUCUUCCAAAAGUUCGAAUUGGAACCACAUCCUGAAUGCGCAUACGACUACGUGACAAUAUACGACGGUGCUUCAGCAGACGAGAAGACGUUAGGCCUCUUCUGCGGCAAUCGGCUACCCCAUCCCAUUGUAGCGUCGCAGAACCAAAUGUAUGUGGUGUUCAAGUCUGAUGGCUCCGUGCAGAGGAGCGGGUUCCUCGCUAAUCAUUCCACUGCCUGUGGUGGUUACCUAGCAGCAACUGAAGCCGUCCAACACCUGUAUUCCCAUGCACGUUACGGCGACAAUCCCUACGAGUCCCGUGCUAACUGUGACUGGAACAUCGAGGCACCUCGCAACCACUUCGUCAAACUAACCUUCCUCACUUUUGAACUGGAACCUGAAACUAACUGCCAUUAUGAUUACGUACAAGUGUUCGGAGGGUUGGAUGGCAGUGGGGGCAAUUAUGGCACUUUCUGUGGGACUAAGAUGCCGCCAGAAAUAGUGUCAACAACCGAAGCCCUUCUCAUUAGAUUCCGCACAGACGACUCCCUAGUGUUCAAAGGUUUCUCCGCAUCAUAUCAGAUGGUGAAACCAGUGUGGAGCGAAGAAGACAGUUCCGAAGCUGCAGAGUAUGAUGAAGAAGAAGAUGAGAGAAUGCCCCCUUUAGUAGUCGGUAGGAGGGGACUUCGGGCCUCCAUGCCACGGUUCGUUCGUCGUCCCACGUGACGCUGGCCGCUCCCCCGACACCCGAGACAUCGCCGACCGCAUCGCAAUAACCGGAUUUAAUCCGUUUACGGUUUUCAGUUUUUGCAAUUUGGCAACACUGGUGUUGCCGAUGCCAUCGUUGACGUUCAGGAAUUGUAGUUGCCAUAAUUUGAGUACAAUUUUUAAUCAGUACAGUAAAAUAGUUUGUAUUUUCUUUUGUAACGAAUCACUAUGUCUUUUGUAAACCGGUGAAUGCGGUCAGUUGAUCUUAAAUCGAAAAAGACACUAUUUGAAAUGUUAUUUUUUACGACUGAAUAAAAAAUGUAAAUAAAUUAAUAUUCCUAGUCUAAUUUAGGUAUAUUACUUAAAAUAGCGGUUACCAUUAUAAUAUUCGUACAAUGGACGUAUGAAUAGCGUAAUUGUUAAACAAAUAAGUGAUGUUACUUAUUAAUCAUAAUAAUUAUUCAAGCCUUUUACCAAAGAAUGUUCAUAGCUCUCAUUAGUCGAAAUAUGAAGACUUUUCUUACCACGUAUUUUCAAGUUAUUAUAUCAGCUAAAUAUUAUGUUAGACGAGCACAAAUAGUAUCAUUUUGCCAUUUACAUGCAUUUAUGUAUUUUACCAUAUACAUAGAUUAGUUAUAGAAUUUGAGACAAUAUAUAAUUUUAAGUGCUAAUUUAAGAUGUAAAAAGUUAUUUUAUAAUAGGUGUUCAAUUCAUAUCAAUAUUUGAAUACAUUUACUGUAUAUUGUAUACUAGUAGAUAAGCAUUUUACUGAUGUUACGUAACUUACGUAGGUAGGCAUUUUGUCUACUUUGGCAGUCAUUUACCAGGAUCUCUUUUCUCUAUCAAAUAAAUCUUUAAUUUUCUUUUUCUUUGAUUGAAAUUGAGCUGCCAUAAUAAUAUUUACCAAAGAUCAUUUUAGUUCAAUUUAUUAAAGCCUUUCAUUUGAAGUACCAUUAUUUGCCCUUAAAUCUAAAAAGUAGAGUUACUCGUUUCUCCCAAUAUUUUUGUACUUAAUAACACACAGUUACGAACAAAAAUAGUCUCACUUUACGUUAUUUUUUUAUUAAAUACCAAGGAAAUGGAUGAUUAUAAAUGUAGGUACAUAAUAAAUGUCGUUUACAAUGUUUACAAGUUAUCAUUGUGCCAAUUAUGGGAUACUUAGUUACUGUUAAUGCCAUAGAGUAACAUAGGCUAGUGUUUUGUAACUUAACUAUGAAUAUUUAUACGUAGGAAUGUUAUUUUUAUUAAAACGUAUUGAAAUGUA